AUGGCGACGUCAGCUGAUAUUAAGACGUCAGAGGUGGAGAAGGAUAAUGAGAGGAAAAGAGUGAGGGAGGAGGUGGAGAGCGGUGGAGGAGGGACUUCGUCCAAUUCAGGGGAUGUAUUUGCUGAGUUCAGGCAGGUCCAGCAGCUGUUGCCCUCGAUUGUAUCCACGGCUGUGCCUGAUGCGGUGGAGGGAGUGAGGCAGGAUGUUAAAACGGUUGAUGGCAAAGUGACGCUCAUCGACGCUCAGGUCAAAUCAGUGGACGCUCAGGUAAAAACAGUACAUGGCAAAGUAACGGGGCAUGCUCAGAGAUUGACGGACCUAGAGCCUAAUAUGCAAGGUCUCCAGGGAGGGUGUUCCAGUGCAGCAUCGGUGGAUUCGGGACCAACGACGACGGUUAGUUUCAAGGGGCCGUCGAGUUACACUCGGGACUCGAACCCAUCGUAUCUCAAAUCAAAGGUUGGGUCCAAUAUUGGGCUAACAGGGAGAGAAGGGGGAAGGAGAUGCUGUGCCAACAUAAUGGACAAACUGAUCACCGAUGUGCGAGCGAGAAGGCAACAAACGUUCGGAUGA